AUCACCUCCUUUGUCUUCCCCACGUUGAUGUAGAGGUUGUUUGCUUUACACCAGACUUCAAGUUCUCCCACCCCCUGUCUGUAGCCCGACUCGUCAUUGUGGGACAUUAAUCCCACCACGGCCGUGUCAUCUGCAAAUUUCACAAUAUGACUGUUCGGGUGUUUGGCUGAACAGUCAUAAGUGAGAAGAGUGUACAGCAGGGGGCUCAGGACACAUCCCUGUGGGGAGCCGGUGUUGGGGGUAAUGGGGGGAUGAGACACCAUAGAUUUUAACCGGCUGUGGCCUGUUGGUCAGGAAGUCUAGUACCCAGUUCCACAUGGAUGGUUUAAGUCCAAGCAGCAGCAGUUUGUUGACUAAAGUCUGUGGAAUGAUGGUAUUGAAGGCAGAACUAAAGUCCAAGAAGAGCAAUGUGACAUAUGAACUCCUGUUCUCCAGAUGAGUGGGGGCUGAGUGAAUGACGGAUGAGAUUGCAUCAGAUGUAGACCUGUUCUUCCUGUAGGUGUACUGAUGAGUGUCCACAUUGAUGUUACUGCUGUCUUUUAUGUGGAUCAUAACCAGCCUUUCGAAGCAUUUUGUGAUUAUCGGGGUGAGAGCCACCUCACUCAAGCCUGACACCACUGACUUUUUGGGCACAGGGAUGAUGGUGGCGGUCUUGAGACAUGUCGGCACCACAGCUUGGGAGAGGGAGGUGUUAUAGAUGUCAGUCAGUACCCCAGUGAGUUAGUGAAUGCAGUCUCUCAGAACCCAUCCCGGGAUGUUAUCCGGGCCUGCUGCUUUGCGGGGGCUGACUCUCAUCAGGGACCUCCUCACAUCCUCAGCAUUCACCCUGAGAGGCAGCUCACCUGGUGGAAGUGUGAACCUGCAACUGGGGGAGGUGAUGGACGCCUCCAAGCGAGCAUAAAAAGUGUUCAGGACAUCAGGAAGGGAUGGGUCCCUGGGGCAUGCAGCAUCUCUUUUGUGUGCCCUGUGAUGGCCUUGAUGCCCUUCCACAUGCUCUGGAGAUGAUUGGUGGAGAAAUUACCUUGGAUUUUGAGAGCAUAGUUGGCUUUUGUUCUCUUAAUCCCAGCGUCCAGCUUCCUCUCAUGUCUCGUCUCAUGUUUCAGGUGGGCUGUUUAUGCACCAGGUGUUCCCAAAAAAAUCCAAUAUGAUAAUGCCAAGGACUUGCCGAGAGAUGCCAAGAUCCCAUUUGAAAGACCAAUGGGCAUUUUCCUCGCCAUUGAGGAGGCCUUUUCACAACUGGGUCGGGGUGAAGAGAAACAUCCUCACGUUCGCCUAUAUGUCUGCAUAGGGUCAGUCAAAGACUAUGUGAUGGACCAUUGGCAUGACGACAGGUUCUUUGGUUAUCAGUUCCUGAACGGAUCGAACCCCGUACUCAUCGAACAGUGUAAAGAGAUUCCAGAAAAGUUCCCCGUUACAGAGCAAAUGGUCGGCCCCUCUCUUGGGUCAAAUACCAGUCUACAGCAGGAAGUCCAGAAAGGGAAUAUAUACCUUGUUGACUACGAGAUGCUGGAUGGAAUUAAAGCCAAUCCGGAAGCUGGCCAUGAAUAUCUUGGAGCACCAAUGUGUCUUCUGUAUGCAAAUCCAAUGAACCAACUACUCCCCAUUGCCAUCCAGAUCACCCAGCACCCUGGGCCGGAGAGCCCGAUAUUUCUCCCGAGCGACAGCCAGUGCGAUUGGUGUCUGGCCAAGAUGUGGGUCCGCAACGCUGACGUACAGGUUCACCAGCUGGUCUCACACUUGCUCAGGACACACCUGUUUGGUGAAAUCUUUGGCAUCGCAACUUUACGCAGGCUGGCAAGUGCACACCCGAUAUUCAAGCUUUUGAUGCCUCAUGUGAAAUAUACGUUGCACAUCAAUAUUGCAGCGAGGGAUCUCCUUAUCUCCGAAGGUGGCAUCUUUGAUCAGGCAUUCUCUUCCGGAGGGACUGCCACUGUGGAGAUCUUGCAGCGCGGUCUGGAGCGCGCUACCUACGAAUCCAUGUGUCUCCCAGACAAUCUGGCUGCUCGACGAGUGGAAAAGAUCCCCAAUUAUUACUUCAGAGAUGAUGCUCAGAAGAUCUGGCAGGCCAUCAACAAGUUUACAGAAAACAUCAUUCACCUUUACUAUGAGAACGAUGCAAGUGUCCAGAGUGAUACAGAACUUCAAGACUGGGUGAAGGAGAUCUUCACCGAAGGAUUAUUGGCCAAGCAAUCGUCAGGCUUCCCUUCAUCAUUCCACUCCAAGACCGAACUCAUCAAGUUCCUAACCAUGGUCAUCUUCACCUGUUCCGGACAGCACUCUUCAGUAAACGCUGGACAGUAUGACUGGGCCUCCUGUGUACAAAACUACCCGUCCAUGAUGGGGAAGCCGGCACCGACCAAAAAGGACCAAGUCACCGAAGCAGAUAUUGCCGACACUUUGCCAAAGGGAAUUAAAAAAAUAAAAGUGAUUGCAGCCACCUAUCUGCUCAGUCAACCAGCCCCCAUUAACACCAAGCUGGGCACGUACGUGGAGGAGCGCUUCACUGAGCUGGUGGCAAGAGGACACAUCACAGACUUCCAGAAAGCCCUGCUGCAGAUCGAGCAGGAGAUUACAAAGAGGAACCAGGACCUUUCUCCGGCCUACACCUAUCUCCUGCCCAGUUUGAUCGACAAUAGUGUGGCAGUCUAACCACGACAUUGCACCGUCAUCAAACGGAUUCACGCUUUGCGUCAAGAUUAAAAUUAUAACUGCAAAACUUUCAUUGCCAAUUUAAACCAGCCAAUCUCUCCCGCCCUCCGAUCCUCACCGCACACACUGUAGUGGCAGAUUUUUUAAAUCUUUCAGGAAAUGAACUACCUCACCUCUAAUUGGGUGAGACGGGAUAAGGGGAAUAUCUUCGGUAUGCAUGCAAGCUGCCUCAGAGACCUUCAGAGAUUCUCCUUUCAUAAAGCUUCAGCACACAGUCUUUUAAUGAAUAUUUUCUUUAUGGUAGAUAUAAAAUAGUAAGAUACAUCCAAGGUUUUUCCGACUUGUUCCAGCAAUCUUCUUCGAACUCCAGCUCAUUACUUCAGAUACUAGUAAACUCCACGCGUCUCCAUGCUUCACAUGAUCUUGACAUGUGGCUCGACAUGCUCGACCUGUGGCUUGGCCACCUCGCUCAGAGCCCCCCUCCGCCACAUGUGUGCCGAGGAUUUUUCCCGUCGAUGAAAAAUGACAGAGAUAUUAAUGGUUUUACAAAAUUCACCAUUCUCUCUGCUGCCCCUGCUGGAGGGAGGGGGAGGGACCAUAAACCAUGAAGU